UUCAAGCUUCUACGACCUCAGGACAGUUCCACAGACCAGCCCAAGCAAAACCCCUUCGCUUCACUCCCGGCGGCGGCGGCGGCGAUGCGCUUCACGGCGUCUCCGGUGGUAGAGCUCCCGGUGGGCGGCGCGGUGCUGAGCUUCGAGCAGGACAACGACUCCUUCGAGGUGGGCACCUCCGUCUGGAACUCCUCCCUGGUCCUCGUCAAGUUCGCCGAGCGCUGCCUCAGGGACCCUGCCCUCCCCUUCGCCGACGCCCUCCGCUUCCCGGGAACCCGCGCCAUCGAGCUCGGCUCCGGAUGCGGGCCCGCCGGCAUGGGGCUCUCCCGCCUCGGCCUCGCCGACCUCGUGCUCACCGACAUCGCCGCCGUGCUCCCCGCGCUCCGCCGUAACCUCCGCCGCAACCGCUGCCACCUCGCCCGCGCGCCCCGCCUCGCCCAGCUCCACUGGAACUGCCCCGCGCACCUCGCCCAGCUCGCCUCCCCGCGCCGGUUCGACCUCGUUGUCGCCGCCGAUGUCGUCUACGUCCAGGAGUCGGUGCCCCACCUCGUCGCGGCCAUGGACGCGCUCGCUGACGCCGAGCGCGGCGUCGUGCUCCUCGGCUACCAGAUCCGGUCCCCCGAGGCACACCAGGCGUUCUGGGAAGCUGUGCCCGCCGCCUUCCCGGUGAUCGAGAAGGUGCCGCGUGAGCACCUCGACCCGGAUUACGCCUUUGAGGAAUCCGAUGUGUUCAUACUCCGCAGGAGGCCGAGGCAGUGAGAUUGUUGUAUCGCGAAGCAUUUUGCUCGUCACUUACAGAGAAGGUGUUGAAGUGAAGGGAGGACUGAAUUCAAGGGAGGGCGAUUGUCCAUCAUGGUCUGUAUGUGCCACUGAAACGUGAAACGAACUGGAAAGGUCUGGAUGUGCCACUGAAACGUGAAACAAACUCGAAUGCUGAGUUGAUUUGCACAUAUGCAUAGGUCCAGCAUGAAGUGUAUCUCUUACUUAGGUGAUUUUUCUUGGGGAGCUGUAUACCACAUAGGAAUCAGAUGAUGAAACAUGUUUCCCUCUUGAGUAGACCUCCUGAUAUAUUUGUAGCAUUCUGUAUGGUCAGCCUGAUGUUGAGCUGCUCACUAGGUACUGUGAACAAACAUUCGAAACCAGCUUCCACUAGCUAACCUGGCUUAACCCAGGAUGCUGUACAGUAAACCUAGAGGAGUGAGGACGAAUGCAGCAAGCAUGUUGUUUCUA